CCAGGGAAGAAACUACCUCACCGAAUCCCAAUCUUCCCUUCUCUUUUUCUUGCCUUGCCCUAAUUCCCCAUAUUCCGGUUGGUCUUUUCUUCUCUUCUAUUCUCUUCCCAGAUCCCGGCCUUUCAACUUUCUCAGGAAAAUUCUACCCGAUUUUCUCGAGAAAGUGAAAUCGCAAGAAGAAGAAUCAUGAGUUUUCAGGACAUCGAAGCUGGCCAGCCCUUCGGUUCCAGGCGCGGCUUGAUCAAUGGGAAGCAAGACCCCACGCAAGCCGUGGCCGCCGGAAUAUUCCAGAUCAACACCGCCGUAUCCACCUUUCAGAGACUCGUCAACACUCUCGGAACCCCCAAAGAUACCCCUGAGCUCCGCGAAAAGCUACACAAGACAAGACUGCAUAUUGGGCAAUUGGUGAAGGAUACAUCAGUUAAACUUAAGCAAGCUAGUGACAUUGAUCACCAUGCUGAAGUCAAUGCAAGCAAGAAGAUAGCAGAUGCUAAACUUGCAAAGGAUUUUCAAGCAGUGUUGAAAGAGUUUCAGAAGGCACAACGUCUUGCAGCUGAAAGGGAAACAGCUUACACUCCUUUUGUUUCACAAGCAGUCCUUCCUUCAAGCUAUACAGCUAGUGAAGUAGAUGUUGGUUCUGAUAAGACUCCAGAACAGCGAGCCCUACUUGUGGAAUCAAGGAGGCAGGAGGUUUUGUUCUUAGAUAAUGAGAUUGCUUUCAAUGAGGCUAUCAUUGAGGAAAGGGAGCAAGGAAUUCAAGAAAUACAGCAGCAAAUUGGUGAAGUUAAUGAGAUUUUCAAAGAUCUUGCUGUGCUUGUCCAUGAGCAAGGAGCUAUGAUUGAUGAUAUUGGCUCCAACAUUGAAAACUCUCAUGCAGCAACUGCACAAGCUAAAUCUCAACUUGUAAAAGCUUCAAAAACCCAAAGAUCAAAUUCGUCUUUGACAUGCUUGCUUUUGGUGAUAUUUGGGAUUGUGCUUCUCAUCGUGAUCAUAGUUCUUGCUGCUUAGUCAAAGAUUGUCACAAUUCCAUUAUGGAAGCAAAUGCAUAUAUACAGAGCAGCAAAUAGUAUCUCCCUUGCUGAUGAUGUCACUUGAUUGGUGUUUUCCCGGGUCUCAUGGUUCACUCGCAUCUGAUUCAGUACAUGAUGUGGGAAUUUCCAUAAUUUUGUUGUGGGGUGUUUUGUUCUCUCUCUAUGUUAGUGUUUGGGGUUUUGAGGAUGUGUCACGGAUUAUGGUAUAAGCUCUCUCGUUUCUUUAAUUAAAAAAAUAUUAAUUCUUUGAUUUUCCUUCACUUGUAAAUGCAAAUCCUAAAACAGGCAGUGCUGAUGACUCUUCAGCAAAACCUUCAUAUAUGAUAAUCUGUUUUCUUUU